CUAUAAAAACUUCAAAUGUUUAUUUACAUAACUUGUCAAAUUUUGAGCCAAACUACAUUCUACAAAGCAUGGAAAAUAGCUGACAACUUUAGCACAAUACGGAACCCAUUUACUAAAGGAUAUCAAAUGGCUUGCGUCAAGUUGGGGAUUGUGCUCGUUCUAUUUGCCUUCACAGCGGCUGCGGAGGAAGACUUGCCAUGUGCGGAACGAGAUGUGGGGAUCGAAGGUCGCUCUAUAGUGUGUGUCUGCAAUGCCACGUAUUGUGACACCAUCACUAGAGAAGAGCCUGCUCCGGGCACCUUCGUUGCUUACACCUCCAACAACGCCGGUUUACGGUUCGCCAAAAGUUAUGGUUACGUGCAAACUAUAAAUGCGACUGUUGCGGAUGAAGAAGAGGAAUAUCCCGAACCUGAGCAAAAAGAUUAUGAAGAAGAUGAGAGACUUUUAGACAUAAACCUCGAAGACAUUCCUGCAAUAUUAGAGACAAUCAGAAGCAACGUUACUUUAAGGAUGUUUUUAGCCACGCGACACCAAUUCAUUGAGGGAUUUGGUGGCUCAGUGACUGACUCAGCCUCCAUGAACUGGCGUAAACUAUCCGAUCGGACACAGAGGAAUUUUAUCAAUACAUACUUCGGCGCUAAAGGCAUAGAAUAUAACUUAAUACGCGUACCCAUAGGUGGAAGCGAUUUUUCCACUCAUCCUUACACUUACAACGAACUGCCUUGGAACGAUGGAGCUUUGACAAACUAUUCUCUGACUGAAGAAGACUUGUUUUUUAAGCUGCCGAUGAUCAAGAUGAGUCAGCAGGCAGCUACGGAUGAGAUAAAAAUCACUGCUAGCACUUGGUCACCGCCGGUAUGGAUGAAGACCAAUGAAAAAAUCACUGGGUUUGCACAACUCAAACCUGAGUUCUACCAGUCUUACGCUGAUUACCAUAUGAGAUUUUUGGAGGAAUACGAGAAAGCAGAAGUAAAGAUCUGGGCAAUCACGACGACCAAUGAACCCAUCAAUGGCAUUGUUCCGUUUGUGGAUUUUAACUCGUUGGGGUGGUGGCCGUGGCAAUUGGGUCGCUGGGUGGCGAACAAUCUUGGACCCACCAUAAGAAAUUCUCGUUUCAACAAGACUUUAAUUCUGGCAGUCGACGACCAGCGCUACAUUUUACCUAUCUGGCUGAAAGGAAUGGAAAGAGAAGACCCAAGAUCAAUAGAAUAUAUUGACGGAAUCGCUGUACAUUACUACGGUAACUUCGUACCGGGCAAGAUACUCACGCGCAUACAGGAGAUGUAUCCAGGGAAGAUUCUCUUAUCUACAGAAGCUUGCGAAGGUCCGAUGCCUUGGGAUCUACUGAAAGUUGCAAUAGGAUCGUGGAGAAGAGCCCGCAGGUAUACAACGAGUAUUAUAGAAGAUCUGAACAAUUUCGUCGUCGGUUGGAUGGACUGGAACCUUUGCCUUGACCCUGGAGGUGGGCCAAACUGGGUGCACAAUUAUGUAGACGCGCCCAUCCUAGUCUACGCAGAUAAAGAUGAGUUCAUUAAACAGCCAAUGUACUACGCUAUGGGACACUUUUCAAAGUUCAUCCCUCGCGGAUCAAGAAGGGUCCAGGUCGCCCGCAGAAGUCUUGGGACUCUUGAAAAUGUUGCCGUCCUUACACCCAAGGGCAAUGUUGUCAUUGUAUUGCAAAAUAGGCGAAGACAUGAAGUCAACACCACGAUACGCAUUUCCAGCCGAAAAUACAUAGAACUGACGAUGGAACCUGAGUCCAUCAAGACCGUGGAGAUCAAUCAUAAUUGAAACUGAGGCAUAUUUAUUAUUUCUAUUUAUAUCAUUAAAGUUAUAGGUCCUGUUAAAUCUGUUGAUGUAAAAAAUAAAUAUUAUUUAUUAUAUCACAAGCU